GCCUGAAUCCCUCUUCAACCUUCUGCUUUCUGGAGGGGCACCUUCAACCAUCUCCGUGGUGCACCGGCAGCGGCUUCUUUAGUUGUAAAGAAUAAGUGGAAAUAACACUUUUACACAGACACAAUGUCGUUUCUGACUGUGAGCAGGUUAGCUCCUAAGCUACUCAAUUCAAAGAAUGCCACCUACUUCCUUGUGGCUGCCAGAAAUGCCAGCGCAACAACAAUAAAUCUGAAGGAUGUUCUGGCAGACCUCAUCCCUAAAGAACAGACCAGGAUCAAGAACUUUAAACAACAGUAUGGCAAAACCAACAUAGGACAGAUUAAUGUUGACAUGGUCUAUGGAGGUAUGAGGGGGAUGAAGGGUCUGGUGUAUGAGACCUCUGUGUUGGACCCUGAUGAGGGCAUCCGUUUCCGGGGCUACAGCAUUCCAGAGUGUCAGAAGUUGCUGCCUGCAGCUCCCGGAGGUGAGGAGCCGCUGCCCGAGGGCCUCUUCUGGCUGCUGGUCACGGGACAGGUGCCCACCGAGGAGCAGGUGAACUGGGUGUCCAAAGAGUGGGCAAAGAGAGCAGCACUUCCCUCUCACGUUGUCACCAUGUUGGAUAAUUUCCCCACAAACCUUCACCCCAUGUCUCAGUUCAGUGCUGCCAUCACGGCUCUGAACAGCGAGAGCAGCUUUGCACGGGCCUACUCUGAGGGUGUCCACAAGUCCAAGUACUGGGAGUUUGUCUAUGAAGACUCCAUGGACCUGAUUGCCAAGCUGCCCUGCAUUGCUGCCAAGAUCUACCGCAACCUGUACCGCGAAGGCAGCAGCAUCGGAGCCAUCGACUCGAACCUGGACUGGUCCCACAACUUCAGCAACAUGCUGGGCUACAGCGAUGCCCAGUUCACUGAGCUGAUGAGGCUCUACCUCACCAUCCACAGUGACCACGAAGGGGGCAAUGUCAGUGCCCACACCAGCCACUUGGUGGGUAGUGCCCUGUCUGAUCCCUACCUGUCCUUCAGUGCUGCCAUGAAUGGUCUGGCUGGUCCUCUGCAUGGCCUGGCCAAUCAGGAGGUGCUAGUGUGGCUGACCGCCCUGCAGCAGGAGUUGGGCGGAGAGGUGUCUGAUGAGAAGAUGAGAGAUUACAUCUGGAACACACUGAAGUCUGGAAGGGUCGUGCCAGGCUAUGGCCAUGCUGUCCUGAGGAAGACUGACCCACGUUACACCUGCCAGCGUGAGUUUGCCCUGAAGCACCUGCCCAACGACCCCAUGUUCAAGAUGGUCGCCCAGCUUUACAAGAUUGUGCCCAACGUGCUCCUGGAGCAGGGCAAGGCCAAGAACCCCUGGCCCAAUGUGGACGCCCACAGCGGAGUGCUGCUGCAGUACUAUGGAAUGACUGAGAUGAAUUACUACACUGUGCUGUUCGGUGUGUCCCGAGCCCUCGGCGUGCUGGCUCAGCUGGUGUGGAGUAGAGCCCUGGGCUUCCCCUUGGAGCGCCCCAAGUCCAUGAGCACAGAUGGACUGAUGACACUGGUGGGAGCCAAGUCAGGCUGAAGAAGCACCUGAAAAGAGCUGGGGGUUAGUGUGAAGGGUGGGAGGAGGUGGAAACAUCAAAAAGCAGACAUAGGUUGCCCCCCCCCCCUCCCCAGUCAUUUCCAACCCCAGGGAUUCAAUGGGAUUCAAAGAGACAGUACGCUUUUAAUGUCAUUUCACAAAAGAAGGGCCUUUUUAAAUCGUCACACCGUUAGCGUAUUGAGUGCGUUUAGUUAAGUUUUCCCCAUCAGGAACAUGAGAGGUGAAAACGUCCGACACAUAUACACGUAACCAAUAGUAGGCUCAAACUAUUCUACCAUUCUAAGUCUGCUAGCAUUGCUAAGAAUUUCCCUAUGUGCAGUGCCUGCUUGUUUGUCAUUGGGCACUGGGUCUGAACUAUGAAUAGGCAGUGGCAUUCAAAGGGACUUGUGGGAGUGAAUUUUCUUUGUAUUCGUUUGAAGAUCUUAAGUGAAAUACCUGAGUCAACCGUUGCUACUUUUGGCUAAUGUGGAGAUUUGUUUUAGAGGAUAUCCCCCAAGCAAAACAUCUUUUUUUCCCCCCUCCCAAUUCAGACUGCACUUAGUUUCUUCUAUGCAAUGUCCCCAGAUGUCACCCCACCCAGUCUAGCCACGGGUUUCACUCCCAUUUAUGAACACUCCAGUUUAGAAUAAAGGCCCUUACCACUAAAAUUAACUAAGCUGUUCAAGAUAUACACUCAAAAACAUGAAAAUCGGUUAAAAGAUACUGCCCCUUUAAAUCUUUGGUCUCUCCUUAUUUUUUCCCCAACUUGUAGUUUUUUUUCUUCUUCUUUUUAGUGAUGACCUGUAUAGCCUCUAUGAUCAAAAUAACUGUCUUGUCUAUAUAGAAAGAAAUUUUUCUUCGUUAACAUGCUUUCCUGUUUUUAAUGGGUCUCUCUGCUCAAAGGGUCUUCUGAAUGAUAGAGAAUCAAGACGAAUGUACAGUAACGGUAACGAUAGCAUAAAGAUUUCGAGCAAAGGGUGUUGUAAUUGGCCUGUAGUAAAUCCUUAAGAGCAAGCUUGAAUAAAAAGUGGGGAUGGGGGGGCUUUGUAUUUGUUAAAGUCCUGUCUUUUUGAGUGUAUGUUUGUUACUUUAUCCCCACAGGAGAGCGCUUUAAACAACUACUCCAAAAGGAGCACUUGCUUGAUUGGAUUUCCUAACUUGUAGUAGUAAAAAUCCCACCCCCAGGUUGAUUGUGUCCCUUUUUUAGUAUUUAGUUGUUGUUGUUUUUUUGGGUGUUGAAUAUGUAUAAAAGUAUAAUCAUUGUGUUAUCAUUUUGUGGUUUUUAUUUAUACUUUGUGUACAUAGGUAUAUAUAUGUAUAGCUUGAAUGUAUAAGCGAUCACUUGCUUGUAAUAACCACAAUGAUGACAAUAGUUUACCAACAAUGUAGUAGUGUCCAGUCUCACUGUAAUGUUCAGUCUCAUUGGUCACGGCCGUGGAACUGAAAUUCUGACAACGAACAAAAAGAAAAACCGCAGCUAUCUUGUAUAUACACGAUCUCUUGCCUAGCUCUGUGGGCAGGUGCUUUUUCAGGUGUUUCACUUGAAUGUUUCAAGCUUGCUCUUAAGUUCUGGGUUUGUCGACACUCCAAUUGUGUGUAGUUUUAAGUUCUCGCAUCUUUCUUUUCGUGUGCUCUUGCCGUGUUAGCCAGUAGGUCACUCAGAUGUUUAAAUCUCUCUGCUACCAUCUUUCUUCUGGCUUUUUCAGGUGCGCGUGUGUGUGUUUUAUUGUAGCGUACCGCCUUGUGGUGGGUUGUUCAAGAGAUAUAUAUUUUGAUCAUAGAGGAGCAUAAAGGUUGUACGUGAUAACUGGGAGAAUUCAUUGCUGUUGGAUUCAGAGAAACACUUUUGGGAGGGGACUGGAUGGGUCAAAAGGGCAAGAUAACAAAAUAAAGGGUUUUAUUAACACUU